AUGCUGGUCUGUCCGCUCUUUUCGUGCAGAGGUGCUGCCUGGACCCAGGUAGCCUCGGGCGCGCAUGCGUCCUCGAUGCCCCCAGCGCCAACGCGGCCUCCAGCGUCGCCCCUGGUCGCCGCCAUCUUGAUUCUGGCUGCCCAAUCCGCCAGCGCCGACAAAAAGUGCGAGCGGCUGGGCUUCCACGGCGCGCGGCUGAACCCGUGCGGGUUCUGCGUGGGCGGCAGCACGGGCCUGGAACCGGGCCACGGCCGGGACUGCAAGGGAAGCUGCGGCGGAAGGGCCAGGAGGGACUGCCACGGCGUCUGCGGGGGCUCGGCCUACCUGGACCCUUGCUCGGGCAACUGCCUCUAUGGCAAGUUCAGCAAGGUGUACGGAGACACGGCGACGUCCGAGGAGCACCGCGACUGCCGCGGCCUCUGCCUGGCCGCCCAGGGCGGCAAGUCGGCGUACGUGAGCGACGCCUGCGGGGUCUGCGUCAGGGGCCCCGCCCAGAAGGAGAGCCCCUUCAAGGACUGCCUCGGAGUCUGCCGCCUGCCCGGACAGCACCGCGAGAGGGCCGAGCUGGUGUGCGGGAGCUGCGUGGGCGGGAACGGCACCGUGACGAGGGAGAACGUGACGGACUCCUGCGGACGAUGCAAGUCGGCCAAGACACCCUGCGAAUGCGACGGACAAGGCGAGCGAGACGUGUGCGGUGUGUGCAACGGCCGAGGCUCGUCUUGCUUCCUCCUGACCGGCAUCACACCCGCCGUGGUGCCGGCCGAUGUCGAUGUCAAGAUCACACUGUUGGGAGCUUUCUCGGGCGAAACUCGGGACGUGCUGUGCGUGUUCCGGCGUCGAGACGCCGCCGUCGUCGGAGGCUCGACUGAGCCGACCACCGUCACGGCGGCAGGGCGAGGCAACGGCACCAGCUUCACCUGCCUGCCCAGGAGCUUCCAGCAGGGGACGUACCUGGUCACUCCUCGAUUGUCCAGGCUGGGAAAGGAGGUCAACAACUCGAAUGUCAUCCUCACCGUAUUCAACAAAGACGUCGGCUUUGACAAGAUGGAGCCGACCACUGCGCCGUAUCGAAAGGAAGAAAACAAGGGGGACUCAUUGAGGCUGGCCUUCACCGGAGGUGACGUCCCCAAGUUCCCGCUCUACUGCAUCUUGCAACCAACAGACCGAAGUCAGAGGUCCGCGGUGGUUAUUCCGAGUGGUCCGGCCCCUGCGUCGCACAGCCAGUGCCAUGUUCCGUUCCAAAAGACCUCGGGCGACUUCGUGGUCUUCCCUUCGCUCGACGGACAGCACCCUCUUUCCAGGGGGUUCAACUUGUCGCUUUACGCCACCAGACCGCAGAUCAAGGCAGCCUACAUCACCGGAGACGGAAGUAGUGCCGUGGUCUUGUUUGACCGGCCAGUGAACGUGUGCCGCCUUGACGAGUGCAGCGCCAUACUAGCGGCGGAUACGUUAAACGCUAUCGAUGGAGAAAACAGCCAGUGCCUUUGGGCCACCAAACAUCAGCUCAUCAUACAGCUUGGGAAGAGCGUCGCAGGAGAGAAAUUGAGGCUGUCACUCAAUUCCGAUAUGGUUACUGAAGACAAACAGUCGGUGGUUAUGAACAUCGGAGAAGACUUGAAGGUGGAUGCGAGACGUGUGACGCCCCCGAACCCCGGCCCCCUGCUGGCGGCUAUCAGUGGCCCGACCGUGGCGCCGCGCUGCGGCAGACUGGAGCUGACCGUACACUACUCGUGGGGCGCCGGUCCUGUUGAGGCCUUCGCGUGGACGGCAACGCGCAACGACAGCGCGCCGCUCGAGGAUCACCUCAAGGCCCUCCUCAAAGCGAACACCGGCCCCUACCUGAUCCUGGAAGCUGAAGACCUUGAGAUGGAAAUGCAGUACAAGUUUACCGUGAAGGUGACUGCAGACACGAGGAACAUUGCCGAGGCUGCCCACCUACUAACGAGAAGAGAUGUCAACGCCCCCAUUGUGGUGCUCUACAGCGACGCCAUUUUAAACCAGAGACCCGUAUCGCCGGAAGACGAGUUGUUUCUGUACGCUGAAACCGCCGUGCCGGAUUGCAACGGCACCCUCGACGACCUGGAGCUCGACUGGACCGUGGACGACCCGAGAGUCCGCUUCGACUUCGGCAGCCAGAACAGCCCGGUUUACAGGAUCGCACCCUACGCCCUGCCACCGGACAGCAAUGUGACGUUCCAAGUUCGGGUGUUCAGCUACCCGACCCAGUGGGCUUACGGCGAAUCUUCCGUUACUCUCAGCGUCGGCUCUUCGGACCUGAAGGCAGUCAUCAAAGGAGGCCCUUCACGUAUGGCAGGUCAAGGCCAGAACGACGUCAUUCUGAACGGGUCUCCCUCGAGCGGAGGGCAGGAUCCCUUGGUCUAUCAGUGGAGCUGUCUCGACGAACACUUGCAGCCGUGCUACGACUACGGCCCGACGGCGACGUCCGACCUGCUGCUCAAGCCCCUGGAGACGAACCGGGAAGUGAUCCGGAUCAUGGCCGAGAGGCUGGAGCCGGGCAAGAGCCUCAACUUCACGCUCGAGGUGUUCCGCACCGACAACAGCAGCGGAGAGCCGGGAGCAAAAGCCGCCACGUCCACGCUCGUGAUCACCCAAGAAGAAAUUAUUCCGCUGGUUUCCCUCGAGGAUGUCCUGGUGGGCAACACACCCGUGUACGAGUAUGAUGAAACUACGUCGUCUUACAUGGUACCCGCCGGUCCCGCGAUCGUGGUCCACGCACUCUUUCAAGUUCACUCCAAGUCCGUGUCCAUCAACUGGAGUGUCCCGGGGUUCGUGUGUCAAUACAGCACGGCUGGGGUGAAGAAGGGCCUCGAAGGUCACACCUACCUCACUCUCCCUGAAAAAAGCUUGGUGCCCCACGGGACAUAUAGCGUUCAUCUGAAGAUCUGCGAGAAAAACCGCUGUGGGAAUCUUACCGUCUCCCUGUACGCUAAGCCGGGACCCACCUUGUGUCGCGUGCAGUUUGAAGCAGACGGUGCUGUCGAAGUCUUCAACGUCACAAGAGCCAUGGUCCGUUCGUGUUCUGUGCCAACUGGCUCCCACCCGAUGACGUACCAGUUGUUCGUGGGCGACGAGCUCGUACCGAUCACCACAGUCCAGCACUCGCCCUUGCUCGAGUUCAUCGUACCACCCACCAACUUCAGCAAGAUAUGCGCUCAAGUUUGCGAUAGAUCCGGACAAUGCAGCUUGUUCUGCAAUAGUUCCCUCGUUACGGUUCCUCCGUCGAAUGACACAGACAGUCUGCAGAUUGUUUACAAGACCGCGUCCAAGCGGUAUCGAGAAGGCAAGAAACUUGAGAGCGUGGUUGCGCUCCUCUCAACGCUCUCGGACAACACCGUCGAGGCGCCUAGCCUCGUCCUCGAUCAGCUGCUGGGAGCAACGUUCCAGAGCACCAACAUGAAACACCUGCAGCCCGGAGACAUCUCCGUGGUGUACCAGGCCACCAAGGUCCUCAUGGAUCGAGGCAACGUGGACAUCAUCUCUGGGGCCCUGGAAGCCACGUCGGUGACCUCUGAGGUCGCUUUACGCAAAAAGAUUCCAGUCAGCCUGGAGACACUUGAGGAGGUCUACCUUUGGACACGGAACGUUAGCGUCCGACACCCGGAUAACGAUCAAAUUCGAAGAAACGUGGACAACGCCCAGAAACGAAUUGAAGAGGUUACGUCAUCUAUGCUUCCCAAGGGACAGAUGGUUCGUUUCGUGUCCGACCAAGUGACCCACAUCCACCAUCGAUUUCUCAACAAAGACCAGGUCACGAUUCCGAGCCAGACGAAGCCAGGUGUCCCAGACGUCGUCGUCACCUUCCACAAAAACCUCCGGGAGAGGUUUCAGAUGUGGAGGUGCGGCGCCAACAAGUGCCAGGGAGUGGUGCUCGUCGUUACAGUCCACCAGAACAAUCCAUUCGUGGAAAGCGACGUUGGAACCCGGAUGGCUCCCGUAGUGUCGCUCACAUUCAGGACUCCGUACACUGGUCAAGAGGUGAAGGUGAAGGACGUCAAGGAGGCCUUGAGCCUGCAGAUGCGUCAGACUGGCAACGAGUCCAAGGUUCCCGGCAAGGUGCUGCGCUGCUUCCGCUGGAACGAGCGGGACGAAGAGUGGACCCAGCGAGACAUGACCAUGCUGGGCGUCAAGCAGAAGCUCGUCUCGUGCCUGGCAACUUCCACCGGAUCCUUCACCGUCUUCGAAGUCGAAGACGGGCUGAGCACGGCGGCCAUAGCUGGCAUUGUGGUGGCCUGCCUGAUGAGCGUCUUCAUCAUCGCCGCCGUCAUGAUGUUCAUGGUACACAAGAAACAGAGUACCAGCUCGUCCAAGGUGGCCGACCAGGCACCGCAGUAG